UAUAUAUAUAUACACUGUAUAUCUGCACUGCGCUAUACUGCUCUUCAUUUAUCCCUUCUCUCUGUUGCCCCCUAAAAAGCAGGCAUGAGAUGCAACCAAAGACUAGGGAUGAGUGUGACAAAGAUGUGGAUGAGGUAGGGGAAUAGGAAAGUGACUCAUCAUCUCUCUUGUUUGAAAUCCCAGAGGGCUUCCUGAAGGAAGAAAGGCAUUUGCCAUCAGUCUAAAUGAAGAGAGGGAAGGAAAGCUUAAGAAAAGGGAAGGAGAGAAAAGACUGGGUGAGCUGGCGUGGCCAGUUCCUUCUCAGAAUUAGGCAAGGAGAUAAGAUCAGGGAUGGGACAUAACCUGGCAGGGAAUCCCGCAGCCAGAAUGGCAAUGCCCCCCAUGUCGACCGGGGGCUCAGCAGGGCGAUGCCAUCUCCUUCACCUCCCACACUCUCUUGCCUAUCCUUUGUUUCCACAGUCACAUGGGCUCUUGAGUGCUACAGUUUUGAGCGUUCCUUCACUGGUCCUUUUGAUCUCUCUGGCCUCCCGAUGCCCAUUGUGGCCUGUGGCCCAGGCCAAGAGGCCUGCCUGGAGGCGGUGACUUCCAUGAAUACAGGUUACAGAAACUCACUGACCCUGGUGAAAAAGGGCUGCUCUUAUGGGCCAGGCUCUGGGGAGAUGACCUCAGGAGGAGACUCACUGCCCCCUGACUACACCAUGGUACGACGAUGCCAGGAGAAUCUCUGCAACCGCCAGAUCGAAAGCCAUGACAGCAUCCCCAACCUCAGCACAGCCCCAGAUCCCCCUGAACUCAGCGGCACUGAGUGCUGGGCCUGUGUCAGUACCACUGCUGAGGGCUGUGAACUCCAGAAUGCCCACAAGAUCAAGUGUCAUGGGGGUCAGAGUGUUUGCUUCCAGGGUCAAGGCUUCUUGGCCAUUGAAAAUUUCACCAAAUCUGUCUACAUGAGGACAUGCCAAGAGCCCACAUGCACUUUCAUUGGGGCUGCCACCCACUGGUCAGACAACUACCUGAAAGGGACCUGCUGUAAGGGGAAUCUCUGUAACGGCAUCUCCAAUGUCUCCAAGACUGUUUCCUCUCAUGCCCCUUCACACCUAGCCCUGCCCCUGCUUCUGAUCAUCCCCUUACUCUUAGGGGUCUGA